GGAACAACAAAAACAUGUCCGAGUGCGACAAGCAGAACCGUUACUAGCCUCAGCUACCUGCUGUCACCUCAACAAGUCGUCGAGUCCACUACUGCUAUAUGGUUCCCGUCGUGUUCACGGCCGAAAACCCAGAAAGAUGCCGCAGAAAGCACUGGGAUCCAUUGUAGGUCUUCUUUGUACCGGGACCUGUCUGGUGCAGGGGAAGGAGUUCUGUUUUGGGGUAAACAAUGAGCAGUACCGCUGUGAGAUGGGGUACUGCUGUGGGGAGACGGAGUGCUGCACUUACUACUAUGAGCUCUGGUGGUUCUGGUUGGUAUGGACGCUGAUCAUCAUGCUGAGUUGCUGCUGUGCCUACCGACACCGGAGGGUUAAAAUGCGUCUGCAGCAGGAGCAGCGCCAACGUGAGAUCAGCCUCAUGGCUUAUCAAGGAGCCUCGAGCUCCUUCAUUUCACCUCCACCUCUCAAUUUAAGAUUCUGGAACGACUGCAAGCUUCCUGACUAUGAAGAGGUAGUAGGCCACCCUCCGACACCACCUCCCCCUUACUCUGAAAACCCUCCUGAGUCCACUCCAGCACUCCUUCCACAAGUGAGCCAACCAGACACUGUACCUGUGCCACAACCCCCGUCUGAGGCAGAUCCGACGGAGGCAAGUCAAGCCUCAGGCUCAUCAUCAGACCAGGAGGCGGCGUCGCUCCCCAUCCAAGUACAGUGUGAGGCAGAGGAGAAUGUAGAGGCUGCGCUGAUGGUGGCGGAGGAGGAGGACGAGGAGCUCGUCACUCGCCGUCGGCAUGUCACCGGCGACUCAGGGAUUGAGGUGUGCGUUUGUCAGCUGGACGUAGACGAAGGUUCAGGGCUUGAGGAGGAAAGCGACGAGGAGCACCGGAUGUGCAACGUCAGCGGGAGGGACUGCUGCUCCGGGCACCAGCAGCAGCCCUUCAGACAGAAGGAGCACAACUCGGAGCUGCCCAACCAGACCGCCAGCACCAGCACUGGAGACCACAUGGUGUGACCCACAGCGUAACUAACCAGCCAACCAGUGGGGCUUCGUGCUUCACGCAGGGUAAUAGCUGUCGCCAUCCUCAUCACCAGAGGAACUGUCUGUGUUUUAGUUCCUCGAAUUAACACAUAGACAUGACGUUAAGAUGAUGACGAUGACUAAUCUUUAAUGGCUCCUGAUUAGGGAAGAUAAAUAAUAAAAUGUGGACAAACUCCUCUUUUUUUUUUUUUUUUCUUUUGCUUUGCUUUUCUCAGUGGGGGAACCAGCAAACACAUGUUGCUCCUUUUGGUUUGUAUUUUCUUAGUAUUAAGCACGAGAACAUCAUCGGGUUGUGAGAAGACAGCAAUUGAUUGUGACUGAAACCAGAAUUGACUGUUUCCCUCGGCCUCUCCUUCAGCACUGCUGUCAUGUUUCCGUUUCUGUCCCGCAAAUCUCCUUGGUCCGAACGUUUCCAGCCGUCCUUCCAUCUGACAUUUUACCUCUGGUGGGAUGGUCAUUCAGGAGCAUACCGACACGGUCAACAACAUUUCUCUCUUAUCCCCGUUAUGACUAAGCAGAGGAGUCAAAAACAAACCUCUUAAGAACCUUAGGAUGAUACUGGAUGAAUCGACGAGAUUACGUUUAGUUUUCCCCAAAGCUGCGUGCGUGCAAGACUGCGUGAGUGCUGUGAAAAUCUAGGCCACAGCUGCAUAGUGAUGUCAGCUCUGAGGUCACGGCAGCCGGCGUCUCGUGUCCUCUGGUGUGCAGUCUGUGGGACUCGAGAGGGGGAGACUGUACAACUCACAUAACGGGAGGAGAAGAGUUGACUUUGUUGUUUGGUGUCUGGGUUUGAAAUGUCAUACAACCCCCCCCUUGCAGAGCUCUUUCUACUACUUGAUAUCCAUGUUGUGGUCUCCUGAGCUGUGUGGCCACCAGUUAGCAUGACGUAAGGGGUGUUCACUAUUUCAGUGAUUAAUUGAUUGUGUGCAUGUGAUCCCCCCCCACUCCAGUUUCUGACUGCAUUAAAUUCAUAGUAAUAACCAAGUGGGCUAUGCCACCAAUUUUUGUAAUCAAUAUAAAGCCUUGUGGUGGCUCUAUAUUAGUGUGUUUUAUUUACUGCGUUAUGUCCGAGUGAAUUUAUCGCUCAGUAUAUAGUUUGGAUGUUCAUAUUGAAGGAUGUACUUGCUUUUUUUUUUUUUUUUUUUCAUUUCAUAACCAGCUGUGCUUCAGUAAAUACCACAGGUGUCACCGUUAAUUGCAACAAAGCCCCUGACAGGGGCUGCUAGAGUGCGUACUAGUGAGUGGGUGUUUUUGUGCAGUAGGGAAGAGUUGAGUUGUGUGUGUGUACAUUUUUUUAAAGUGCUGUAGCAUCUGGUUGAAAUCACUGAGGUGGAUUAACAAUUUAAAGCACUGGUAUUUUGCAUGAGGCAUGAUUUUCUGUGUUUUGUAUUUGAGUUUAUUAGCAUUUUCUAUUAGCGGUUGUGCUACUUGCUUUGCUAAUCGGUCACAAUAAUGGCAGGCUGCAGUGGCAUCAAAACUCCAUGCCCCAGAUGUUGGGGUAAAGAAAUGGACUGAGGUUUAGCUUUAGAUGUCUGGAUCUAGUUUUAUCGUGUUGUUAUGAGGGUAUGAGCCGCGCUCGGCUGUUAUGCAGCGCUGGUCGUUAGUUAGAUGGUGCUGUCUUGGCUCUUUGUGGCCCCUGUAGCUCUUGGCAGUGCGAGGGAUUUGCAGUGGUAUUUUCCAUUGGCAGCAAAGGGCCGGUGCAUUAGCAAGCUGAGAUGGAUGCAGGCUCUGCUCUGCAGUCUAUUCAGUGCUGGCACAGCUGCAGAAUCUAUUGCGAUGAACUGCUCUUCAGCGUGCAUGUUGUUUGCCCAGUAUCUUGCACAAUUUGUGUUCAAAACAUAGCAGUCACAGUGGUUGUUGCCAGCUAGGAAAACAACAGCAAAACACAAUUAUUUCUUGCAGGAUAAACAUCUGUGCAAGAUGAGCAGUAACUGAUGAGUCAGAAAGUAUUUAAUGAAGAAUUUAGUUUGGAACCACGAUCAACAGCUUUGCAUUCGUCUGCUUGAUACUGUGUGUUGAAAUGGGCACAGUGUAAAGACUCAGGUCUGUCAUUCUGCUUCACACGCGCACCCACAAAGCACUGCCGCUGAUUGGACUUUACCACUGUCAUUAUGUUUACAGUGUCGUAAUAUUCCGUUGUCUAGAUGAAUCCAUCAAAGGUAACAAAACCACAAACACAGUCUCUCGGCUGAAUUGGGUGAUUUAAACUUCCACUUGAGUCCAAAUGCGUUGUGACGUUUUUAAAAUACAGCUGAGCAUACAGUUGCACUUUGCAAAGUGGGGUAGUAAAUGUUAAUGUUUCAGGUUGGCAGGAUAGUUUUGAUCUUUAUCUUCAGCACUGAUUGAACUCUGAUAAGGACACUUUGGGGAAAAUUACUGGUCUCCUAACAAGACUUGACACUGGGUUAGGCACACUGAUACGUAUGAUUUUUAGGUCACUGCAGCUCAAGUGUUUCCUUUUCAGCUAGCAGCAGUUGUGUUUGAGUGAGCUAGACUACUUGUGGGAAAACAAUACACGAGGGCCACUGUAGCAAAUAUGUCAAUAGAGAGUGAAACAAAAAUGAAUGCACAGCUGCCUAAAGACUUCAUUUAAUGUCCAUUAAACAGGUUCAACCAAACAUGCUAGUAUUUAGUUUUGCAGCAGUAAUGAACGGUUCGCAGUCCUUGUGUUGCGUCAGUGUUGCGUAGUUUAGCAGGUGCUUAAACAUGAAGCCAUACUAACAUGACAAUGACCUUUUCCGUGGAGCAGUUACACUGUGAGCAUGACUGCACACCCAUUAGUAGAAGUCAUAAAAAGACAUCUUUUGACGACACACCUCAAGCUGCCUUGCUGCAUUUCUAGAGAGCAAACGUCUUGAUUAUUGAGCUGCACAAUAAAAUAUAACCUCUGUACGUGGAAACAGAUGUGAUACUGCCUUAUUAGAGUAGAUGUAGUCAUGUGGUUUUGUUGUUGUUGUUGUUAUUAUUCUUUUUUGAAAGGUAAAAUGGUUGUGUCGUUCCAAGCAUGGUUGACUUUAGAGCAGAGGAGUGCUUUUGUAUCAAUAGAAAAAAUAGCAUCUGAGCGCCUUCCGAGAAAGUGCGCUGGCUCUGUGAGAAAAGGAUGUGGUUUGUAAACAUUUAAAAAGCCUCACGAUUGAAACUGUCACAUGUUCUGUACAGUUUUACUUACAUUGGUUGUGUAACCGAGACGUGGUUGUGUUGCAUUUGAAAUACUGUGCUUGUAGUUAGUUGUGGCACUGAUGGAAUUCGUCAAGACCAGAUUGUUGAGCUCAUACUCAUUCUGUUUUUCGUUCCACGAAUCUGGUUGCAAUUAGUUUGUGAAAUUAACAGACUAGAAAGCAUGAGGAAAAAAAAAAAAAAAAAUCUCAUUUUUGUUUUCUGUGGGUGUGUUUCGAUUCGUCCUACUUACGUUUCGGGGGGGGACAAAAAUGAACUCCAACAAGAGAUUGCUUUGUAACCUGUUUGCUAAGGUGCAUCUUUGCUUAUUUGUAUACAUAUGUAGAAAACUAAUAGAACAGGGGGGAGGGGGUGUGUGAGGAAUAAGAGAAGGAUUGAGGUUCCUUUUGUGCAUCAGUGAACCGGAGGUCCAUAGUUUUCCCAUUGCCAAACAACUGCUAUGCCUCCAUGGUUUUCACAUGUUUACUGAGAGUAAGGGCUAUAUCAGUCAUGAACUGUUGACAGACAUUAUCCAUCCAUUUCACCGAGCGAUUCAUCUGUCGUCGUGUGCUGUUCGUUUUGACGCCACAGUUGCCGAGAUCCACCAUCUGAACAUGGUCAGAAAUGUGUCAUGUUAACAUGUUUGGGUUUGGAUGUCUCUUAACGUUGUGGUGGAGCUCAUAUUUAUCUACUAGCUGAUUGUAUAUGACCAUGUAUGUUUGUUUUUAUAGGCUUUAACUUUGCCUUCUUGUUUUGUCACCCUCAACAGAGGUGCGUGAUGCGACGUAACCGACCCCUCUCUCUCUCCCCCUCCUACAUGUAUUGAAAAUGCGUUUUACUAACUAGCUUCAUGUGGCAGGAGUGUUUUUUUUUUUUUUGCUUUGCUCCGUUGGCUCCUUGUGGACCGUGACUCCACCCCUCCGCCAGGCUGUGUCUUGGUAACAGAAACUGUAGCCAACAGUGUAGCUGUUUGUUUUUCUCAGCUGCAUGUGAACCCUUGGUAACAAAAGAACACAUCCACCCAUGCAGAGCUGUCGACAGAAUAAUCUACCAAAGUCUUUGCCAUCUCCGUGCUACAAGGAUCAUCACUGUUUACCACUCUGUGUGUGCUUGUGUCUGUAUGUGUGUGUGGUUGUCAUGACGAUGGUCUGUUUGGUUUCACACUCUCAGGGUUAUCUUUAACAAGCAGUGCUAGAAUUUAAAAAUCCACACAUUUUUGACCCACAAGUCUCAUAAAGCCAAAGCUUCACGAUUAUUGUCUCCCCCCGUCGUCGUCGUCGUCGUCUAUUGUUUCUGCAUCACGCAUCUCUGUGAACUUUACUCGACUAGGCUAUGCAAAAACAUAAAACCUACUGUUAUAUGCUGCGACCCCUUUCUCACUUUCUCUGCCAUUUUUGUCUGUGGGCACCAGUACAAGCAAUAUAACUCUCACUGUACUGUAAUCUACUUCGGUUGGUCUGUGUAUAUGUAUUUGUCUAAAAAAGUGAAAAAGUAAAAAAAAUAUACUUUUAUUGCUACUACAAUAAUGUGGUGAGUACGUCUGCUUCAAUGUCCUUCGAGGGGCUUGAGUUAAAAAGCCAUUCUAGUUUAUUAUAUAUAUAUAGUUUUUCCCUUCUUUUUGGCUUUUCCCUGUCUGCCUCCCUCUCAACCACUAACACAUCCUACUUCUGACUUACGGAUAAACCACAUUAAGUAUGUCAAAGGAAAAAAAAGUUGAAUAUAUAUUAUUUCUGUAUGAUCGUAUUUGGUAUCUUUUUUGUUGUUGCACUCACUCGCUGUGUUUUGGUUUCUCAGAUUAAAACCGCCUUUUUUUUUCCAUCUUCGCAAAUUUUCAGAACGAGUAUUUAACUGUUGCCUUUAAUCCUCAGUUAAUGCGACACCAUCAGUUUUUUCGUAUUAUACACAUGAAAGACCUCAACGUGGAACACAGUCGGCUCGCGUCAGACCAGCUCACAUUCGGCUGAUCCGCUUUGGUGAGUCCUCAACACUUUAUCCAAACGAAAUAAGAUCACCGUCAUCAGUGUGAUUGUUUCUAUCAAACCUGUGAAUUGUACUACUUCUUUUUUUUUUUUUUACCUCAACCAUAGAUAAUACCAAACAGAUGGAGGUGCCAUGGUUGAGUUAUGUGGAUUUUUUUUUUUUUUUGCCAAAAUGAGAAACAUCCUGGUUUAAAGAGGGAAGCAGGCAUUAAAAGAAAAAUGUGACUCUUUCUACAUUGAUUUCAUAACAACUUUAAACAAGCCAAAAUGAGUAAAGUGGAAAAAAAAUUUCAAGCAUUGUCUGACUGAUUUAAAAAAAAAAAAAAAGCUUUGGUUUUAGUAUGAAGUCUGCUGUGUACUCUUUGGGUCAUCAUUUGUAUUUUAUUUUUUUAAUAAAACAAACAUUGGCGCUCUGCUAA